CAUAAUACGUUCAGCUGUUACUUCAGAACGCAGCAACAUGGACAGCAAAGUCAUGAUGAAGCAGCGAAUGCUAAAUGCAGCAGAUGAAAAAAGGCAUCAAGAUAUCCCAGCCAAAGAUAGCCUGACUGAAAGCGAAGAAGAAAAGCAUGUAGAUUUUAACGAGGCGUGCCAGAAAUUUGGAGGCAAAAAGGCGUCUCCAAAGAAGAUCGCGCCUGUAAAACCGAAAAGAGUGAAAAUCGCACAGCCUGUCCAAGUCGUAAUUGAUCCACCCUGCCACGCUGGUAGACACGCCGACGACAGCGAAGUGAAGCAGGAGAAAGCGGUGAAGCAAGAAAACAGAGUUGAGCUGAGGGAAAAGAAAGGACGAGCGGAGACGGAGGACGAGCGCCGACAGCGGCUGUCAGUUCACAUGGACGAGAUCAUGAGAGGGAACAUCGUGGCAGCUAUGGAGAUUUUUGACAACUUGCGAAAGCAGGAGGAACUGCAGAGCCUCCUCAGUCGAGUUGAAGAGAUCGAACAGGACACGAGUGAGGUCGACGUGAAGUCUUUGAGGAGUGUCUUCGAAAACGUCCCUGAAUGGGUCGUCAGCGCUGACAAGACAGAACAAAUAAAAGUGAAGGAAGAAAACAAAGACAAAAGGCUGCCUUCAAUCAAAGAAAACACCCAGACUAAGACUUCAAUGGCUCAUGUCUUUGGAGAUCUUGAGCGAGCGAGUGAAGAGAUAAUGAAUCUCAAAGAGCAAACAUUAGCCAGAUUGGUAGACAUAGAAGAAACCAUAAAGAAAGCCCUUUAUUCAGUUUCUACGCUUAAAUCUGACUCCGAUAUUGCCGGCUUAUCAUGUCUGUUCAAGGAGUCUUUAGGGACCGUGCAAGGAGCUCCGUCUUCGGGAAAUAUUAGCAAAAUUAGCAUCGAGUCAAGCAGAACUAAAUCACAUGAAAGUGCCGCCCAGGCUAACGCGGCGAGAGCAGCGGGGCGAGGCGGGGGUGGCGAAGCAUCGUCCCCGAAGCAACGAUCCAGUCCGCCGUCUUCGCCUGCAUUCAUCUCCAUCCAGUCAGCAGCUCGAAAGACCGACAGAGGAGAGGCGGGCGCACCAGAAACCAGGACGUGCAAGGCAUGCCAGCAGAGCCCAAAGGUGGAGGAAAAAUUUCGGACGACCAAGACACUGACGUGCAACAGCCCCGCCGGAAGCCGGAGGGGGGACCCCAGACGAGGAGGCCAAAAACAAGCCACCUGCAGCCAACCGAACCCGAACCGGGAGGUCAGCGUGCUGCAGCUGCACACCGACCGCGAGGGGAAAAGCAUUCUAGGAACGACCACGGUCACAGAAAAUUACGAGAGGACCGACAACUUUGGGAACCGGUUUUAUUCCUCCAAAACUUCCACUGUUGUUACAACUCAGCCAGAAACCGCAACGUCAUCGACGAAUUCAGUGGCGCUGAGUCCAGCAGUGUAUCAGGUCACUACGUACCCAGAGGUUCAGCUGCCCGUCAAUCAAAUGCCUCAAUAG